AGAUAGCCUAUCAACAUUUAGUCGCAGACAGUGAAAUCGCUCGUAAAUCGUAAGGCUGGCAUCAGAUAGAGGAGAUGUACAAAAAGACAUAUAGUUCUGGAAGUGACCACACUCAUUCAGAACUGAGGAUUGUUCUGCUUGGAUGUAAAGAAUCUGGGAUAAGUUCUGCAGGGAACACAAUAUUAGGCAGUGAUGAGUUUGAUCUAAAGAAGCAUGCUGAAUGUGUGAAGAAAGAAAGAGUGGUGGCUGGAAGGCAGAUCUGUGUGAUUGAGACACCAGGUCGAAGAGAAUUCUCUGCCUCUCUCACACCCAGACUGUGUUUGCAAGAAACAGUGCGCAGUGUGACUCUGUGUCCACCCGGGCCUCAUGCCUUCUUGCUUAUUGUAAACAUGAUGAUUCCAUUUGAGGAGGCAAGCAAAGAGGCAGUCAUGGAUCACCUGAAGCUCUUUGGUGAGACAGUCUGGAAACACGUGAUUGUGCUGUUCACCCAUGGGGAUCAACUGGGAGACAUGGACAUCCAGCAGUACAUAGAACGUGAAGGAGAACCACUACAGUGGGUGCUUGAGAAAUGUGGAAACAGAUUUCAUGUCUUCAACAAUGAGACCAAAGAUGAUUCUACACAAGUAAUCGAGCUGCUGAGGAAGAUUGAUGAGAUGAUAGCAGGGAACCAUAGCGGCCAUUUUGAAUUGGACAGAGAGAGGCUUAGCCAAAAGAGAAAGAGAAGUGCCAUGGCCAAAGAGAAGGGAGAGUGCGAGCAAUCAAAUGAGCACAGUGAAAUCCUCAGAUUAAAGAUGGGUAAUGAACACGAGCUCAUAGAACGGAGAAUUGUUCUGAUGGGACAUGAAAGUGCAGGAAAAAGUUCAACUGCAGACACCAUUUUGAACAUAUGGGACUCUGACCAUCUGAAGACUACCCUUCUAACUACAACCAGAAAAGCAGCAGUAGGAAGGUGGCAGGUGACUGUUGUUGACACACCAGGUUGGCUGAGGGAUGCACCUCGGAGUCAGACGUCUAAAAAAACCAAACAGGAGAUUGUGCGGAGCGUGUCUCUGUGUUCUCCUGGACCCCAUGCUUUCUUGCUGGUCAUACCUGCCAACGUCACAUUCACAGAGGUUGAAGAAACAGCCAUCAAUGAGCACCUGGAACUUCUUGAAGAGAAGGUCUGGAAUCACACCAUCGUGCUGUUCAUCCGAGCUGAAUGGAUGGGUGACUCCCCAAUUGAACUGUACUUAGAGAGUGAGGGAGAGCCACUGAACAGGAUCAUUAAGAAGUGCGGGAGCAGGUAUCAUGUGCUCAGCAACAUGAGUCCAGAUGGUCAAAGUCAAGUUGAAGCACUUCUGGAGAAGAUAGAGGUGAUGGUGGCUGGAAACAGCAACUGUUUUUAUGAGAUGGAUGAAAAGACUCCAAAGAUUAUGUCUGAUGGGUAUGAGGAUGAGAUUGAAGACGCCAGUUGCUCCACAUUCAAGCUGCCCUGUGGUGACCCAAAGAGACGACAAAAUCAGAAUAUGUCAACUGACGGAAGUUCUGCAUAUGGCACUGUGCCUUCUUUGUGUGAAACAACGGAAAGUGCCGGAAAUCGGCCAAAUUUUUAGGAUCCUUUGCCAUUUUGCAAUCAAGACCUCUCAUAUUUUAUGUCUUUGGUUCUCUGGUUUCCAGAUUCAAUAGAAUUAAUUGCCUUUGAAAUAUUUUGUUAUUAUUAUGCCAUGUUCUCUAAAUUGAUCAAAGAUGGAGUAGCCUAUGAAAUGUUCAUGUCAGUCAUAUUAUUCUUUUCAACCUUCAAGUUUUCAAUAAAACCAUCUGUAAUGAUACUUAUUUCAAGAAAUACACUUUUAGAAAAUCAAAUAUGUUCCCUAAUGAAACCAUCUGUACAUGCCUUUGCAGUGCCACCUCUUACUUACCUCAAAUUACAACUGUAAUACUGCCACCUAGUGGCAUAUCUCUUAACUUUAAUCACUUAGCGCCGUUAGCUAGGCACCCUCAGUGUCUUAUAGGGAACUAAGCACCCUGCUGUAAUACUGCCACCUAGUGGCCAUUCCAUUGCGUUCUCUCCUUCUCUCCUCUUCUCUCCUCUCCUCUCCUCUCCUCUCCUCCCAUCUCCUCCCCCA